AUGGGUUUGCUAACGGAAAGCAUGCUCGAGGAUCCCGUCAUGAUCAAAUUCAUGACCGAAGUCUCGUCACUAUUCGCCGCUAGUCGACAAGUUCCAUGGUUAAUCGAUGUUGAGGAAUACAUGGCUCAGUUGCCAAAUCACAUCGUGCCGCGAGUGAACUCAAGCGGUGAAAAGUAUCGUGAAAAGCAAUUGCUCACACAACUACCACGACAGGAUCUGUCCGUUGCCUACUGUAGGCACUUAGGCAGCAAUGCUGAACGAAAGGUUUAUGAAGAAUUUAUCAAUGCUCGAAAUGAGAUCGCCCUUGAUAUUGGCUAUGUGGCGGCAAAUAUUCCCAAGAGUAUGGAGUGUCACAAGUGCUCUGGAGUGUUGGAACGCAACGAAAUGGCCGUGAUAGCGCCAAAGUUAGGUGAUUCGACUGGCUGGCAUCCCGCCUGUUUCACCUGUGCCACUUGUGAACAGCUUCUCGUCGACCUAACCUACUGCGUGAAAGACGACCAGAUCUAUUGUGAACGGCACUACGCGGAAUUGCACAAACCACGAUGUGCUGCUUGUGAUGAGGUACGGUAA